AUGGAGGAUGAGGAUGUUGAUGAAAGAGUAUUAACUGGUAGAUCUAUAAGCCCUAUGGAAGAUUCCUUCCAUGAACCUGAUGAAACCCACCUCUGUUGUAGCUGCGGGAAACACUUCUGCAGUCGACGAACGCUGUCAGUACACAUAAAGAUACAUGAGGGGAACCAGCCAUUUGUUUGUUCAGCUGGGUCAUGCGGUAAAAAAUAUAACAAAAAGCAGGAUCUGGACGCUCAUAUAAGGGCCAGACACGUGAAACAUGCAAAAGAAUGUGGCAACCCAAAACCAAAGCAGCAUAUGUGCAAGAGAUGCGGCGCCAAGUUGAACAGGAAAUGUGAUCUUGAAUAUCAUUCAAAAGGUUUGCACGACGAAGAGUGUAAAUAUAAAUGUGACGUGUGUGGACAAAGUUACAGAUGGCGGUCAUCUUUGGCUAAAGAUAAGAAAAAAAGUACUUAG